CUUUCACGUGAAUAAUGAAUAGCAUCAAUUUCUCGUCUGGUUUCUUCCUGAAUCUCAUUGCCGGUCCGGAUCCCUCCUUCGCGCCUUUUGCCCCAGUAAAACCCGUCUCUCGGCCGCGGACACAAUGCUGUGACAUCUCGAUAAACUCGAUGCACAAACAGUCUACCCAGUUACGCGAAUAUCACUUUCAUGCAUUCUUCAACUGUUCUUGGAUGUCUCGCCCUUGCUCUCGUGUUAUCAAGUUUAACCCGGACGCACCUAUAGAGUGUCAAAAGGCCACGCCACACGCACCCGCGCCUCCUCGUGUUAGCGCCAAAGUGCCCGCCGUGCAUGAGAUAUAUGAUGCUGCUGCGAAAUCAGUACGGUCCCGACACUCACACAAACCUUGGAAAAAUAUCGCCAUAACCGAAUACGAUGACGCGGAGUUCGAGGAACUGCAAGCACAGUUGGUGUUUACCUGGCCGCCCGACUUGGCAGCCUACCGAAGAGAGGUCGAGGAGAGGGGCUCGCAUGAGGCAGCAGAAUAUGCUGAUGAAAAUAUUGUCCCUGGGGCCGUCUAUGACGCUUCGCCGAUAGAGUCGGGAAGCACAGAUAGUUCCAUGACCUUGACGCCGACUCAAGAAGACUAUGAUACUCAAACAGCCUGCACACCGCCGGCUAUUCUGCACGAGGGGCUCACAGAGCCUGAAGUUAAGGCCGGCGUUCUCGAGAAGGCAGUGGGGUUUCAGCGAUUGAGACGCAAAGCACCACCUCCACUCAGUUUUGAUAUCAAGAAAAAACAGCAUUUCAUCGACGAGAUUGGAUGCACCCUGCUGAUCGGCGAUGGUGAGCGUACUGCACGGGAGAUACUGCUUGCAGUCCAACAUUUAUUGUUUUGGUUCGCGGCGCCGGUCUUCUGUGAUGUUGAAUGGACUAUCGAUGAGGGUGAAAGCUGGGCUGUAGUAGGGACAGGCUCGAAGCAAAAGACAGCCCUUUUGCAGAUGCUCCUAGGUCACCUACGUAUAACUCCUCCUUACCUGGUAGACUGUUUCCUUUCCUCUCAGACUCUCCUUGUGACCCACACCUUGUGGCUCUUGUAUCCUUCGCGCAUCGGCCCCGCGCAGCAGGUGGUACCUUCUAUGACUACACUUCUCGAUAUCGCGCAGUUAGAGAAGAAGACUGUACCAUGGGGAAAGUAUGUUCGGAGAAUACGACUUUGUGGACAUUCAGCCAAAAGGUGGAAAGGCCUUUCCUCUCUGUUGGAUUUACCUUUGAUUGCUUUAUCAAAUGGCCAGACGCGUCGAGCACGCAUUGUGAAGGUUAUUUCGUCGGAACCUUUGACUGGUCUUGACGUCAAUAUCCACCCAAUCUUGUUGAAUGUUCUUUGGUCACUGCAUGAGUCUCGCAGUCCACGCUUUAUCAUGGGUCUCAUAACAGACUCCAGGAACAACCACAUUGACCAAAUCAGCAACGAACUACAUAUUGUGCCAUCAGCCACAGCACCAAUGUGA